AAUCAUGAUUGGCAGUUGGCACAAUAUUUCUUAAUCAACCGACCCCCUUCCACACCAAACGAAAACGCAACACGCAAAGAAUCACACAAGCAAAGCAAGCAUUGGAUGGGUUUAUCCGUUGUAGGCUUGUUGUAGACCCGGUUGCAGAGAAUAAAAAUAGUAGUAUUUCGUACUGUUAGAUCUCUUCUCUCUCUCUCUCUCUCUCUGAACUUCAGAUAUAAUAAAGAGAGAAAAAAGAAAGAAAAAAAACGCGGUGAACAAAACGAACACACGCCACGCUCAGAUCUCUACCUCUUCAAUUCACUAUCACUUCUAACUGAAUCUCCAUUAAUGGCUUCUUGACCAGUGAUAUCUAGAGUAACGAUCGUUUGGAGAAGCAAUUGGAUCAUAUGAGGUGUUCACUUGGUUGGAUUGCUUCACCAGCUUUCAAUUCAGAUGUUCAAUUUUUGCAAGCUUCUUGUAAUAAGGAAAUUUCCCUCAGACUUAUUAUACAGGUGAGCAAGGUGAAACCGUAUCCUUUGAUCCGAGGAAGUAGUGUUUUGCAGUUUCCCAAGCUUAUUAGAGGUGGACAUCGGUUAUCAUGGCAGAAGGAGAAGAGCGUAUUGAGCUUAAAUUCCGCAUUUAUGAUGGAACGGAUAUAGCACAUGAUACUUAUCCAGUAUCUACUACAACAGUGGGUGCCCUUAAGCAAAAGCUAAUUGCUGAGUGGCCUCAAGGCAAAAAUGUUGUACCAAAGUCAGUCAAUGAUGUAAAACUUAUACACGCCGGUAAAGUUUUGGAAAACACCAAAACGCUUGCUGAUUCCAACAUAACUUUCAGUGACAUCCCUGGUGCUAUUACCAUGCAUGUUGUAGUACAGCCUGCUAUAGCUAAAAAAAAGACAGAAAAGGAGAACAAGCAAAAGAUUAAUUCGUGCUCAUGCUCAUGCACUAUCCUAUAGAUUAGAAAGCAUGCCUCGUGGUUACCAUUGAAGAUAAGGUUGCAAUUUUUCUAUUUUUAACUCUGGAGGAUGAUGGGUAGGCGGGGCUCUAUCCAAUGGUAUUGUGUUUAGACAUGUUUGGCUUUGUUAAAUCUUAGUUGCUUGCUUCUAUUAAUGUCCAAUAUUCAUUUCUAGUUUGUCUUCAAAGUGAAAUCAGAUAUCAACAUUGUUAAAA